GGGUGGGGCCAGCUAGUUUAAGAAGAGAGAGGGGCAGCAGAGCCAGCUAGUCCUCAGAGAACUGAAGGUAGAGCUACAGAGGCUGGUGUCAGGGUAUGGAGAGAGGAGCCUGCAGAGACCUGGACUGAGAGGGAGAGAGGGGAGGACAAAGAGAAACAAGAGACUGUCAGAUGAGAAGACAGAGAAGGAGGGCAGAGAGAAGAAACACCUGGGAAAGAGGGGCAGAAACCGGGAGAUAAGAGCAGAGGCAGGCAGGCAGGAGAAGGAGGGCCAAGUCAGGGGACACACAAGCCCAGAGAGAAAGACGGCUGCAGGGCAAGGGCUUAGCCAGGCACUCCACAGGGAGACAGUCAGGCUUGGGAGAACACAGGCCCCUGCUUUUCCUCCACCCCAGACAGCAUCUCCCACCUGAGAGUCAUGGCCCAGUUGGCCCUGCGCCUCCUCACCCUUGUGCCAAUCCUCCUCAGUCUGGCAGCCUCCCUGGACUGGAAGGUGGCCUUCAGCCAGGACCCCUUUGAGAAAUGCAUGCAUGAUCCUGACUACGAGCAGCUGCUCAAGGUGGUGACCUUGGGCCUCAAUCGGACCUUGAAGCCCCAGAAAGUGAUUGUAGUUGGUGCUGGCGUGGCUGGGCUGGUGGCUGCCAAGGUGCUCAGCAAUGCUGGACACAAGGUCACCAUCCUGGAGGCAGAUAAUAGAAUUGGGGGCCGCAUCCUUACCUUCCGGGACCGGAAGACAGGCUGGAUUGGGGAGCUGGGAGCUAUGCGCAUGCCCAACUCCCACAGGAUCCUUCAGGAGCUUUGCAAGAGCCUGGGCCUCAAUCUGACAAAAUUUACCCAAUAUGAUGAGAACACAUGGACAGAAGUGAAUGACAUGAAGCUGCGGAACUACGUGGUAGAGAAGAUGCCCGAGAAGCUGGGUUACAACCUGCGCCCCAAGGAGAAGGGUCAUUCACCUGAAGAAAUCUACCAAAUGGCUCUCCACAAAGCCCUCAAAGAAGUCAUGGUGCUGGGCUGCAGAAAGGCAAUGAAGAGAUUUGACAGGCUCACGCUUCUGGAAUACCUCCUUUGGGAAAGCAACCUGAGCCAGUCCGCCGUGCAGCUUCUGGGAGACGUGAUGUCCAAGGACGGAUUUUUCCACCUCAGCUUCACUGAGGCCUUGCGGGCGCACAGCUGUCUCAGCGACCGGCUCCGGUACAGCCGCAUCGUGGGCGGCUGGGACCUGCUGCCGCGUGCGCUAUUGAGCUCGCUGUCUGGGCCAGUGCUGCUGAACGCUCCGGUCAUAGCGAUAACUCAGGGCAUGCAAGAAGUGCGCGUGCACAUUGCGACCUCGCACACGUCGCGGAAUCCGAAGGCACUGACGGCAGAUGUAGUGCUACUGACCGCAAGCGGGCCCGCGCUGCAGCGUAUCGCCUUCUCACCGCCGCUGUCGCACAAGCAACAGGAGGCGCUGCGCCAACUACACUAUGUGCCCGCCACCAAAGUGUUCCUAAACUUCCGUCGGGCCUUCUGGCGUGACGAGAGUAUUGAAGGCGGCCAUUCGAACACCGAUCGCCCAUCGCGUCAGAUAUUCUACCCGGCACCAGAUGAGGGCGCGCUGCUGCUGGCCUCCUACACGUGGGCAGACUCCGCAGCUGUGUUCUCUGGCCUUAGCCCGAAUGAUGCGAUGCGCUUGGCACUCAACGAUUUGGCGAGGCUGCACGGGCCGCUUGUGUACCGGCUCUGGGACGGCAGCGGUGUCGUUAAGCGCUGGGAGGAUGACCCACAUAGCCAGGGUGGCUUCGUGGUGCAGCCGCCGUUUCUCUGGCAAACUGACCAGGACGAUGGGCAGGACUUCGACUGGGUGGUCCCCUACGGCCGCAUCUACUUCGCCGGGGAGCACACUGCCCACCCACAUGGCUGGGUGGAGACGGCUGUCAAGUCGGCUCUGCGGGUCGCCAUAAAAAUCAACACCCGGGAAUGGCCUGGGAGUGUGGAUAAGGGCAAAGAAGGGCGUGUGGAGAUGCAUGUAGUAAGGGUCCACGAGGGGCACGUGGAGGGGCACGUAGAAAGGGUCCACGAGGGGCACGUGGACCACGAAGGGCACGUGGACCAUGAGCACCACGUGGACGAGGACCACGUGGACCACGAGCACCACGUGGACCAGCAGGAGCAGCAGCCGCAGCAGCAGCAGCAGCCGCAGCGCGUGGACCAGCAGGAGCCUCGCGAGCAGCACGUGGUCCACGAGACACACGUGGAUGUGGUCCACGAGAGGCCGGGAGAUGUCCAGGAGGAAGCCAGCUAUCCCCCGUGCAGAGAGGGAAAAGGAGAACCCACCCAUGGUGCAACCCAUCAGCUCCCAUCUGUCCAGCACACCAACCACCUUAGCAGGUUGAAUUAAAGUAUUUUCAGAAAAAGUCAUGUGA